AUGAAGCAACAGAUUUUGUGGCACUCGUCUAAUGCGGAUCCAUCUAUUCAGCGGAAGGCCGAGGAGCUGAAACGCUGUAAGCUGAAAGACGAUUUGAACAAAAAAUUGCAACAUCGACCUGGUCCACUCGAGCUGAUCACCAAAAAAAUUUUACAAGCUGAUGCGGAGCUGGAGCAAGCAAUACAAGAGGGCCGUUUGUUGUUCACGAAAACUACCCAAAGCAAAGUGGGUAAAAACGAAACGAAGCAAUCGGAGAUGGAGGUAAUAUCCGCGACACCAGCAUGUGCUUAUCAAAGAAAACUACCAAAUGUUUGUUUGGCCAAAUCAAAAGUUCGUAAAAAAGGUUCACAGUAUCGAACACCAUAUGACCAAACGUUACCAUCACCGAAUACUCGAUCAAAGUUAAAAUUGCAGGAUUCUUCCGCUACAGAUUACCAGAGUGCGGAAAGUAUAAAUGAUGCAUUGGUGACUCAUGGUGUGUCUUACAUUAGCGAUAAUGCUUCAUUGUUAAAUGUCAGUGAACAGAAUGAGAAUACGCGUGAAGUGCAAAGUAGCUACGAUCUUUUACUUCAACAGCAACAGUUGUUUUUACAAUGGCAGCGUGAGGUUGAAGAGUCCCGAGCUCUCGGCAUCUCACAGGAAGAGGAAGGUCGACAUUGUCCAGAUGAAUGUGCUACAUCGAGCGCAGCAUCACCCUGUAUGACAACAUCCGCUCAAAGUUCGUUAGUUGGUACAGAUUGUGUUCAGAAUGGAAUGCAGUCGGUAAUAUCCGAACAAAUGCAAGAAACUCAGCAGUGUUGUCAGUGUUCCAGUGCUAAUUUCAGUUAUUCAGGGAUUUCAUCUGGAACCGUUAAUUCUGUGAGUGAUAAUGAAAAGCCAAGAAUCCGUCUUGCAGACUAUCGCGUGCAAGAUCUCAAAAAUGAAUGCAAAAAGCGUCAGUUGCCCGUUUCCGGUGCAAAGCCGCAACUACUGGAACGAUUAAGACCAUACGAGGAAUCGAUUUUGAAUCACUGUAGUGGAACUGCGUUAAUGGACUCAUCCGAUUUGAUUUCCGUCUCAUCUCCAGUUCUUGAUGUCGCAACACAGUCGAGUCGGUUACCUCCUAUUAGCAAUGUUAUUAGUGACUAUGCUCACAAAUAUUCUGCUUCACCUUUGGUACAGCGGACUCAAUCAGCGCAGCAGCACUCUCUUGUCGUACAACUGCCUCCAGCACAACAACAUCAGCACCAAGUUUUGCAUCUUGUUGAUGCCAGUGGCGCAGUCGUUGCAACAGCAACGGUACCGCACAGUGUGCAGUGUUGUUGUAUGUCGUCGGAAUAUCCGCUCACGACUAACAUUACUUUGAACGGUACCACAAGCCAAUCUACCAGUAUCCGAUCACAGCAGCAACUUUCAACUACCGCGGAAGUAACGCAAAAUGUGCAGCAAGUGCAAACAGAACCUACUUUUAGUUUUGCACAACUUGGUUCAGGUGGACAAUUCACGUUGGUGCGAGCAUCUUCUGUUGAACAGCAGCAAGCUUCUCCUCACGUUAUGCACUCAUCUCAGACUGGACAGCAGCAAACUCAACUGAUGCAAGGCACGAUGCCAGGGAAUCCAGUUCUCAGUUGCCGCUUGCCUCGAUCUACCAAUUCUCCUGAUCAGCAUCUAACAGGAGCAUCACAUCAGGUGACUGAAACACCAUCACGUAGCACUCAGCAUCAACAGACGCAAGCACAGAUUCAGCAUACCGAAACUGGAACAGCUGCACGUUCUUCUGCCGUAAAGCAGCAAAACUGUCAUAGUCAAUUCCUUGUAUGUAGUAACAUUACGCGGCAUAAUUCAAAGGAUGGAACAACAGUAUCACAAAAUGCACUCUGUCCACCGCUGCAAUCUGCACAGCCGCACUGUUCUCCCGUUACGGCAGAUUCGGCCAGUGGUAGUUCACCGGACAUUCCAUCACCACCAAAUAAUUCUGAAAAAGCAACCGUAAAGAAAUACCCUCCACAUAUUGAUCCAAGUGACACGAGCGCUUUGCUGUCUGCAACGACAUUGUCCAUCCAUGAAGAAAUGUUGCGAUUUCAGCAACGAAAAAUUGAAGAAUUGCAGAAGGAGCUGCAUCGAUCCCAGCAGCAGCUAAAACAUCAACAGCAAGUAAUCCUUGCUGCUAAGAAAGCACAGCAAGCAAAAAGACAGGAAGACGCCCAACUGGAAGGUAAUCAGCAGCAAUCUGAGGCAGAUUUGUGGCUUAAUCAACUGGAUAUUAAACACUUGAAUAAAUUCCAUAUACAACUUUUCUUGCAGCAUAAACUGCAGCAACAGCAGAUGCAGGCUCAAAUAACAGAACAACAAAAUUUGACUUCAACAGAAGAGAAACUGCAAGAAGAACUGCAUGUUGAACAAGCAGUUCAAGAUAUCGUACGUUUGAUCAAGCAGGAUGCACGCACUGCACUUCUUAUUGUCCAGUUAUUAAGACGUUAUCAGCUUGAAAGAAGUCAUGCUGUGGCUGCAGCGGCUCAGGUCAGUGAGGAUCCGAGUUGUGAGGCGGAAGUACAGCACAGUAUGAAGGUAGAUUCAAAUACGCUUGAACAAGUAACAGUCGGUAAUUCACAACAUCAGUGUGUUUCAUUAGCGGAUAUAGCCAUGGAGUCAAUUCAAAAUACAUCACAGCAAAAAACCGGUGUCAUUGUUAUCAGUGAAGAUGAACUACAACGAUAUGUACCAACGAGCACCCAUCACCCGAAACCUAAAAGUCGGAAGAAGAAUAAUGUUAACAGAUUAAAAGCUGACAACACAGAUUCACAGGAGAAAAUAUCCGGUAGUAUUGAUAUGGAGGAGAUUUUCAAACAGGUGUUGGAGAAUGCCUCCAAAGCUUUGAUGGAAAGUGAUGCUGAAAAACGGUCAAAAACAAACGUGGUGUCGUCGCCGUCUUGUUUUUCUGAAGAAUUUCAAAUCCAGAAAACAAUAUCUAGCCCACUUCGACAACAUGAAAGCGGUAGUUGCCGGAUUGAUGGCAAAAGCGGCAGUAAUCCUACCGCAUUACCAAGUUGUGACCAGCUAAUUCAACCUUAUGUGGCCAAAACCCCAUUAUCUUCGACACCUUACAGCGCGAAACAGAUGGAAACUAAUAUGACUGAUACUCAUUUUGAAGAACAUGUUGAAGUAUUCGAAGAAGGAGCUGUUGGUGCGCCACAAACUUUCCAGUAUUCGAAAAACCAGGCUUUCGAUGACCUAAUGGAUGUUUUACGUGAUGAUCAAGCAGGAGCUAAUGACCUGAAGUCAAAUAAUCUCGAUUUUGGUACAGGAACAGUUUAUGGAUCAGAUGAGCUGGCAACACUGUUAGGUGAUGACUGGUUCCGACAUGACUGUGCAAUACCAGCAACAUCGGUUUGUUCACAGGCUGCCGAGCAAUACACAAUUAACAGCCCGGAUGUUCUUAAUGAAAAGACGAAUAACCUAGACGAGCGGACGUCAAACCAGAAUGAUCCAUUAAUGGUUUCCUUUGAUCACAACCAAGUUGUAGAUCAGAACAUUGGUAUGGAUUGGCUGGACAUGAUGUUACCUUCACCAUCUCCGGAUAUGGAUACCAGUGCGAUCGAUCCAAUCCAAUGAAGUAUUAACUUCAAAAGAAAGAUGGUCCUGAUGUCUUGCAGUUUAUCUUGCAAAACCGGUUCGAUUCUUGCCGUAGCUUUACAUUCAACAAAUUGCUCAUUCC